AUGUUGUUGGAGGUUCGCAAUACGCCAAUACCGGACAUCGGUCUAAGUCCAGUGCAACGUUUGUACAGCAGAAGGACAAGCACCCCAAUGCUUGCCACUGUUGAACUCUUGUACCCUGUCGCGCCAUCGUAUGAGCGACUGCAAAGGCGCUUAAGAAAACGGAUGACAGAUCAGAAACAGUAUUACGACCGCGGGACCCGGGCGCUACCGGAGCUAUCAGUAAACGAUGAAGAUUAUAUCCAACCAAUACCGGGUGUCAGCGAACGAUGGAAGAAAGGUGUGGUGACCGCGAAGGUUGGAGAAAGAUCUUAUGAAAUCAGUAGCAAAGGGAAGAUAAUCAAAAGGAACCGAGUGCAGCUGAAGCGACACCAAAUAUGUGAAGGUGAACCUGCAGCAAAACACUUGACGCCUUAUGGAGAGGUCACAACGACAGAGGCAGCAAAGACGACGCGGAGCGGAAGAGCGUACGGAGUCUUCGGCGACACCGAACCAGCUGAACUCGAAAAAGGGAAGGAUGUGAUAGGAUUGUUGUUUCUGGGGGUCGCGGAAUCGUACAACCCUGAGGACGACAAAAUUCGAUUCAAUGUGCGUAUUCGUGAGACAUGGCGAAUCGAUGGAGCUGCUGAACGCCUGUUGCCGAAAAAAGCUUCACCAAAUUUGCCCCCGUUCCCUGUGUGGAUAAGGAACCAGGCAACAAACGCCGCGGACAUUCGAGGCGCGAAAAAAUUCUGUUUUUGUCCAGAAAUCAAAACUGGACAACCAUACCUAUUCUUGACCCAUUCUUAUCAGAUACCUCAUGGGAAUCGGAUGGAUUUGCUGUUGGAUGCGAGCAGUAUCGUUUUACCCUGGCGGGAAUCCUGGCGCCGAAGGCUAAACAAGUUUGUUCGCAGAGCAGCUAAGGGUCGCUGCGAUGCGAUGCAAGGCCCGGAUGAAAAGGAGAAUGAAGAAGACGGUGUGCAAAUCAGAAGAGCGCAAAAGCUACAAAAUACACCAGGUCACUAUGCGAGCACAUAUCAUCAUAACAGACCUAUUAGUGAUGAUCCUUGGAGAUACGUUCAAGCUCAGCCUACGGCUCCUGAAGUCAGGCAAGCCUUUCGUCCGGCGAAGUUCUAUCAGAUCCAACCUGUGGGCACAUCCUCGACACAGAGAGGAUAUCAAGCUAGUUCACCCCAUUACACAUAUUACAAUCCGUAUAUAGGGUACCAAGAUGCGUUGAAGCAUUGA